AUAAUAAAAAAGCUGUAGUUCGUUGAUUUGCCAUUUCUUUGCAUCAGUCUGUGCUGCAUUUUCGUACGAAAUGAGCUCACUACAAAUACGUCCUUUGAGGCCAGAAUUGCAGGCAAUUGCUAUACAGGAGCUGAAUGAGCUGCCCGACCGCCUUGCCGAUGACAUCGAAGCACUGAGGGAUUGGGUGCUGAAGCAGCCCCAUUUGUGCGCCUGCACCGAUGACCAGUUUCUGUUGGCGUUCUUGCGCGGCACCAAAUUCAGUUUGGAGCGGGCCAAACAGAAAUUCGAUCGUUUCUAUACACUCCAGGCAACCAUACCAGAGAUAUUCAAUGAGCGACGUUUGGCCGACGAUCCUUUGACCUUGGAUAUCAUACGUUCCGGCGUCCUGUUGCGUUUACCGCAAGAUGAACACGAUAUUGGUCCAUGUGUGACAAUCAUACGCGCUGGUUCCUAUGACACCAGUAAAUAUAAAUUUCAGGAUAUCAUCCGGGUCGGUUCCAUGUUCGGCGAGAUUAUGAUGUUUGAGGAUGAAAAUGCAACGGUUUCCGGCUAUGUGGAAAUAAUGGACAUGAAGGGAGUGACGGGUGCACAUCUGUUCGCCCUGCGGCCGGAUCUGUUGCGCAAGUUCUCCACGUAUGCGGAUGAGGCGAUGCCCACAAGGCAGAAGGGCAUACAUUUCAUAAAUGUGCCUUCAGCAUUUGAGACAGGUUUCAAUACGCUCCGAUCUUUCUUUCCCGCUAAGAUCAAAAGUCGAAUUUCGGUGAGCUCGGAUCCAGAUGCCAUAUUCAAUAUAGUGCCUUGUGAGUACUUGCCCUUGGAAUAUGGUGGCACAAAUGGCAUCAUCGAGGACAUUAGUCGCUCCAUGGAAAUGUUGCUCUCCAGUUAUGCACAAUAUUUCGUGGCAUCCCAGGACUUUGGCACGGAUGAAAAGUUACGUGAUUUUAGCACAGUCACCCAGGAUAAAGACUCCUCGUUUGGAGCGACUGGUUCAUUUCGAAAACUGGAAAUCGAUUAAACUGGAGGGAUUAUUGAUGUUUUAUUGCUAAAUUGUUUUGGAUUCUGAUAUCUAUUUAUAACGAAUGUUUUUUUUUCUAUAAUCUUAUCGUAUAAUCUCAUGAUUACUUUUGCGAUAUUAUUAAAUUACCCCACUCAAAAUAAGCCGAUUUAGUAGACAACUAGUCAAUACUAUAUUGGAAUUUAUGGAAUUGAAAAUGGUUAUCUGUGCCUAGAUUAGUCUUGCCAGGGUAUUUCUAAUGAAUUGUUAAUAACUGUUUAAUCGAAUAAUUAUGUAAUUUGUAAUUGUGUAAUUAAAACAUAAACUUGAAUACCGUU